UCCUAACCCACCCGGGUUCGAAUCUCGCCACUGCAUAUAUUUUAGUCCGGUUUUUUUUUUUUAAUUCUCUUUUAGUUUUUUUUUCUUUAAACUAAUAAAAACAUUAAAACCCAUUUAGGGUUAUAUUGUAAAACAUACGCCGCACAAAUACUGAAAUACACAAACAAGCGAACACUCGAACAGCAGCAGGCAGCAGCGAACAGCAUUAUCUCCGCCACCAGUCCGCCUCCGGCCUCCGCCCUCCUCCGCCUCCGGCUGCUCCGCCGCCUCCGGCUCCGGCUCCGGCUCCUGAUUAUCAUCAUCUCAGUUCGAUUUCCGGCAUUAUCAGUUAUGCAGAAGAAUAUUUCAAGUUUCUUUCAAAGGCAACCACCACCUAACAUUGAAUCGUCGUCUUCAACUAGUAAACCCUUGAAAAUCGUUUUGGAUGAUCUUCCGUGGGAUCCUUCCGAAAGGAAACCAAUUUCAUCUUAUCACCCUAGUCAAAAAGAUGAAAUUAGACGAACAUAUUUGCUUCGAGGUCCAUGUCAACCGAAAGGGAAAAAUACAGAUUUUCCACAAACACUUAUUGGUAAUAGUGAUAAGUUAAGACGGUUCAAUCCAAAAUGGUACACAGAAAAGCAUGGAAAUUGGUUGGAAUAUAACGAGGUAACCACUAACUUGCUUACGUGUAUGAGUUCUUUGAGCCCGCGUGAUAAUUUUAGUUCCUUUAAUAAACUAAACUUGCUAAAGUUGGCCGAAAUGUAUUCGUAUGAUUUUACUUUUGAUGAAAAAGAUAAGCUUAUCGAUGAACUCGGCCACUACAUUUCUAAUAUGAAAAGAGAUAGUCAGUUUGAUAACCUGAAUGGGGUUAGUGAUCUUGCCAAAAGGAUGGUGGAAACAAGGAAACACAUUGAGUAUCAGUUGGUCUAUCGUUUAAUAAAGUUGUCACUAGUUUUACCGGUUGCAACGGCUAGUGUUGAAAGGAGUUUUUCUUCAAUGAAGCUUGUGAAGACAGAAUUGCGUAAUAGGAUGGGUGAUGGAUACAUGAACGAUUCUUGCAUUUGUUACAUUGAAAAAGAGUUCUUACAACAAGUUUCCGUUGAGAGUGUAAUGCAACGUUUUCAAAAGAUGAUAACCCGUCGUCAACAACUUUAGGUAGUUUUUUUAUUUGUAAAGACUAUCGUAUUUUAUAUUGUGUUUUUAAAUUUCUAAUGACGAUUUUCUUUUCAUC